AUGCCUCGUAAACGCUGGAUCGACAAGAACCAUGCAGCUACUUUCCAGCUGCUCUACCGCCCCCAAGACGACCCCCUCAUAAAUGACGAAAAUGCUCAAGAGCGGACACUCCACCCAGUAUCGGGAUCAUCCGCGCACUCCUCCGCCCGAGCAACAAAAGGUCUGCAUAUCGCCGACCUGGAAAAUGAACUGGACUUCGAGAGCGUGCGGGAGAACGAGGGAGAAGCAGCCAACUAUGGUAUCUACUACGAUGACACGAGCUAUGAUUAUAUGCAGCAUCUGCGAGAUGUAGACGAUGGAACUGCCGAGGCGCAUUUUGUGGAUGCUACACCGGUCAAGGUACAGGGCAAGGGCAAGGGCAAGAUGGUCAAAUUGGAAGAUGCGCUACGGGAUGCCUCACUCGACGACGCGGAUACCGCAAGCAACACGGCCUCACAGAGUCUGAUGGAUGAGAACUUGUCGAGCUUUUCGUCCAGGACGCGGCCGCGCACGUACCAGGACAUGCAGGAUGUUCCGGACGAGAUCGCGGGAUUUCAGCCCGACAUGGAUCCGAGGUUGCGCGAGGUUCUGGAAGCACUGGAUGAUGAUGCCUACGUCGACGAGCAGGACGAGGAAGAUGUCUUUGGGGCCCUAACGCAGGAUGGCCAGGAAGCCGAGAUAGACCUGGACGAGUUUGAAGCAAUUAUUGAUGAGGGUGAUGAUGGGUGGGAGUCAGACGUGACAGAGAGGGCGGCAGAUCAGCCAUCGCACAUUGAUUCACCAGCUGCUAAGCUGGACGCAGCUCCUGCUGAUUCAGAAGACAUUUCCAGUACAGAAGCGGAGGCUGCAUCCGCUGAAGAUGGUGACUGGUUGCGUGAUUUUGCUAAAUUGAAACGAGACAAGGCCAGUCAGCCAAGUCCAAUGAAAGCUGACCUUUCGGUUGCACCCCAUUCCGAUAUCCAAGCUCCUCCAUCCACAUUAUACACACUCGGCGGCACACCACUGCGACAGAAACGUCGAAAAGGCGCUCUCACAAACCCGUCUGCGUGUUCGAUGACCUCGUCGUCCCUUGCACGAACAGACGGACAACGACUGCUAGACGACCGGUUCGACAGGAUCGAGGCGAUGUAUGCCUUGGAUGAGGCUGGCGAGUUCGACGAUGAUGAAGAUGGCGGCAUAUCGCUUGCAUCUGGCAUCUCAAAGCAGUCAAGGAUAUCGACGGUUUCAACGAAGAGCUUUGCGGAUGGACCUGUGAGAAGCGAUCUGGACAAUAUGAUGGACGGCUUUCUGGAUGGCUGGGACAAAGGUCAUCCUGGAGGAAGUAAAGGUAAGGGGGCCAAGGGCAAGAGAGGGAAGAAUGGCAAUGAGAUGUUGGGGAUGAAGAUGUUGGACGAGGUGCGUGAGGGUCUGGGUCCGGCAAGAGUCCGGGCUCAAAAGGCAUGA